AUGGCAUCUAAUGAUUCGGCACCGACAGCGUCUACUAGCAAUGCAAAAGUGACAUUCAAGAUCACUUUAACAUCGGACCCGAAGUUACCAUUCAAAGUACUGAGUGUACCGGAAAAUACACCAUUUACCGCCGUUUUGAAAUUCGCUGCUGAAGAAUUCAAAGUCCAAGCAGCGACAAGUGCGAUUAUUACCAAUGAUGGAAUAGGUAUCAAUCCGUCGCAAACAGCUGGAAAUGUUUUUCUCAAACAUGGCGCGGAACUUCGAAUUAUUCCACGCGAUCGUGUCGGUGUUGUGCAUGCCAAAAAUUAA